GGAUAAGGCGGGUUCUGAGCCGCAGCAAUGGCGGAGGAGGCGGGCUGGUGACAGGAGGAUGGGUUUGAAGGAGGAGCAACAGCAGCCAUGCAGACGGCACACGCAGGGUUAAGCCAUACUGCAGAUGGCGCCGACAAUCCGACUGGCCGCUUCUGUCCUGGUAAUGCAGGCACAAUGGCAGUUUUUCCCAGUGGAGCUCACCCUGUUGCAAGAGCACUGGAAGCCCCCCGAAAUUCCAGCAAAAGCUCCGUGCUUUUAACCCAAAGGCCUGGAAUCCGACAUCAUAAAUUCGCCCUCUUCGUGCCUUUCCCUACCUCUUUGGAGGCGGAAAUCGCCUGUGGGUCCCUAGCUCCUGAUGUCGAACCACACCAAGGACUGGUAGAGAAGGAACUUAAAGUGAGCGGCAGCGUGCUGGAGGUACACUGGAUCGCGGAAGAUUCUCGCCUCCUCCGAAUUUCCAUCAUGAACUUUUUUGACCAGCUUUCUCUAGUGGUGAACACCAUUCAGCUCUUUGGGCCCCCGAUUUCCUGUUAAGCCUGGCUGGGGACCCAGGUCUGACCUUAUCCCCAUCGACUAAGCAGUACAAGUUUCCUUAGUGAAAAGAUUCCAGAAAUAGUAGCUGCUACAUAAAUGUGGGGGCCUAAUUUUUUUUUCACGCACGUAGGGGCCAUUUGUUCUGGUGCUUCAAUGUUUGUUGCUAAAGAAAAUAAAGCUAUGCUGCUAAUCUA